CCAGUAACUACGAAGCCGAAAAUGGCAGCAGCGUUCUUCCGCCGAUCAGACAGCAGACCUGCACAGUCCCAAGACGGACGUGAACGACUUUACGAAAUCCGUGUCCUCCCCCAGUGCUGAGCAAACAAAGUGCAUCUCCCAUCGUAAAGUCAAUUUUAAUGUACAUUUUCAGUUGCAAUUGAUAUCGGCUGCUGACCGUCGUCACUUUUGCACCAUUGACACCAGACUCUCCACAGUAGCUACGGAUUGACGUGCACUGCCACUACUAUUUAAUAAGAAUUUUGCAGCAAACUCAGUUUAGUUUGAUUGAAAUUACUAAGGAAUUCAGAAGUACCUAGGCUUGCAUAGGAAAACGUCCUCCAUAGGGCCGCGAAGUAUCAGCAACUAGUAAAACCAGUGACGAGUCGACCCCCGUUAGAACCCGGUACUUCGGUUUAGCGAUGAGGUUCACAGCGGUAGCGCCUCUGCUCACACUUGUCUCGGUGAUUUUUUCGCCAGAAGUUUCGUCACGUGCAGCCGACGAUGGAAAAUACAGCAAACGAAAGUAUUUCAGCAGCAACAAUGGAAAAUAUGUACACAAAAAUGAAGGUGACUAUGUAGAAGAUUUGGAUCGCUACCGUUACGUCCAUUAUGACGAUGGCGAUCGGGGACGCUACAUCCAUGUGCACAUUCCGUACGACGGUGGUUACGGCAACUAUGCAGGGGGCCACGAGCCCUUCCGUAAUCCCCCGUACGAUGCCACAGGAUUGUACGCGUAUGUGCAAAGACCGAAAAAUGAUACUUGUUUACGUUUGCUAGAACAGUACUCUAACACUUGCAGUGACAACAUAAUCGACAGCCCAUUCAGAGCAAACGAGUACGAUAUCAAAAAACCUGAGCUAUACUUGGAGUAUGGAACACCCUAUCCGGAGUUUAACUAUGGAGCAUCCGUGCAUCGCGAGAAGCAAACACCGAUAACGACGGAUUCGGAUCCCCGUGCAUCUAACUUCCCCGGGACGGGCUACCUUCCAGCUCUGGAAACACCGGUUGUAAAGAAAGCUACCUCAACAGAACAUCCUGAAGCAGAUUCACUCGGAGAACUGGGCAUCAGCACGGUUACAACGACGACGACGACGACGACCAGUGGAAGGGACGAACGAAUUAUUCGGCUUGCAACGGAGGCUCCGGUUACGAAAACAACAACCGGUAGUACCACGAUAAAGUCUAGUACCACAGAGGCAGCCGCAACUGUUUCAGCCUCUUCGACACUGGCAACACUUUCUACUGUCAAACCGGCAUCGAUCGAACAACAAUUACUCGAAUGUCGAGCAGAAUUAAAUGAAGCGAAACGGAAGUUGAGUCUCAGUAAACUGGUGAUACUGGGCUGCGCCUUCGCUCAGCAAAAGCAAGUUCCCAAUUUCAAUGACGGUCGCUACUACCCAGAACUUUACCAAGGCAAGUACGACGAUGGAAAGUACCAUCCGGAUUCGAGUGGAGCUUAUCGUCCCGAUGGGUCUGGAAAGUAUAGUGGUAAAUAUGUACCAUACGUUCAUGGUAAAUACGGCGAAGGUGGACAAGGUGGCGCUGGCGGAGCCGGAUCGGGAAUAGGUGGACAAGGUGGACGAGGUGGCGCCGGUGGUGCAGGUAGUUCCGGAUCAGGAUCCGGUGGUGCGGGAAGAAUCGGAUCGGGACUCAGUGGAGCAGGAAAAAUCGGAUCGGGAUCUAGUGGUGCAGGAAAAAUCGGAUCGGGAUCUAGUGGUGCAGGAACAAUCGGAUCGGGAUCCAGUGGUGCAGGAAAAAUUGGAUCGGGAGCCGGUCAACAUGGAGUACGUGGUAGUAACAGUGGAGCCGGUUCGGGACUCAACGAACAAAGUGUGCGAGUUAGUAGCGGUGCUGCCGGAUCAGGACUCACUGGCCAAACUGUAUUAGUUAGUAGUAGUGGAACCGGAUCUGCUGGCUUCGGAUCACGAAUUGGCUCCGGAUCUGGAGCAGGAUCAAGUGGUGCAGGCAGGGUAACUGUUCCGAAUUCAUUGCCAGUGGUGCCACCGAAGCUUCCCACACAAAAAGCUAAGAAACCAGAUGGAUUCGGAUCAAGCAGCGGCUCCGGCUUUGAUCGCAUCAAGGAGCAAGUGAAGGAAUACAAUCAGGAUGGUUACUAUUACCGUUACUUGACCGAGCAGGAUGCUCAGGUGGCCGAAACCGGACGCCUUGAGGAUCGUGACUCGGACAAUGAAGUUUUGCGUGCAAAGGGAUUCUACGAGUAUGUCGGAGACGAUGGCGUUCGAUAUCGAGUCGACUACAAUGCCGAUGAGAACGGAUUUGUGCCACAAGGUGUACAUUUACCUACUCCUCCACCAAUCCCAGACGAAAUUGCACGUGCUCUUGAAUAUGUGCGAAAUUUACAGCAAUAAGAAUAAUUUCUGUCCCAUCACUUUAG